UUGAUGUGCUCAGGGAGACUGAAAGAAAGGGGUAUACCAGGAUUAGUGCUGCAGGGUCAGAGCUAAUGACACAAGCUUCUCUCCUCAGGCCUAUUCAUUUGAGAUGCAUCUCAGGCACUUAAGCACAGCAGUGCUAAGUUAGUACCAAUUAUAUACAUACACACAUAAAUAUAUAAAACCAUAUAAUUAUUACAUAUGUAAAUAUAAAUUGUACCAAUAAAAUCAACAUCAAGCUUGUUUUUAAUCAUUCAUUCAAAAUACAUUGAACAGCUACUGUGCAAAGUCUUGGGACUGUUUAGAAACUUAAGACAAAAAUAUUGGGCCUGUAGUCCCAGGAGAAGCCUAGGCAGGAGGAUGGCUUGAAUUAAGGAGUCCAAGUCCAGCCUGGGCAGCAUAGUGAGACUCAGUCUUUUUUUUUUUUUUUUUUUUUUUUCUUUUUCUGAGACGGAGUCUCACUCUGUCGCCCAGGCUGGAGUGCAGUGGCACAAUUUCGGCUCACUGCAACCUCCACCUCCCAGGUUCAAACGAUUCUCCUGCCUUAGCCUCCUGAGUAACUGGGAUUACAGGCACGUGCCACCAUACCUGGCUAAUUAUGUAUUUUUAGUAGAGAUGGGGUUUCACCGUGUUGGCCAGGCUGGUCUCAAACUCCUGACCUCAAGUGAUCCACCCACCUUGGCCUACCAAAGUGUUGGGAUUACAGGCAUGAGCCACCGUGCCCGGCUGAGACUCAGUCUUUAAAAUAAUGACAUAAAAUAAAAACAUAAACCUCAAACAAAAAGACAAACUAUGAUUUCAAUCAUUGUGAAGCUCUUGAUCUAGUAGAUGAUAUAUAUAUAGAUAUAUACCAAAUAUAUAUAUACAUAUCUGUCUAUAUAUAGAUAUAUACAUGUACCAAAAAUACUAUAAUUUCAGAGAAGUGCUAUAGGGUCUAAUGUUUAACAACUGCUGGCAUUUGACUGAUGGUGUUUAAAGCUCUUCCCCCAUUUUCCAGGGGUAUAAAUUGAGGCAAGUUAUUUGGUAUUUACUACAUUUUGGCUUUUUCAUAUGCAAGGGGGUUGUGAUAAUAAUACCUACCCCAUGAGGACGGUAUGAGGACUAAACAAAAUCGUGUAUGUAUAGCCUUGGCCAAUGCCCAUAGACACUGAGUACCCAACUAGGUGUUAGCUAGUAGAUUUUAAAUUUGUAUUUAUUCUUAUAGUUUUUAAGGUAAAAUUUACAUUCAUUGAAAUGUUAACUGUAUGUUUUUUGACAAAUGAAUACACUUAUAUAACUCAUAUCCCUAUCAAGACAGAGACCAUUUUUACCACCCAGAAAUUUCUCUCAUGUACCUUCCCAGUCAAUCCCCUGCCAGAGGGAACCACUGUUAGGUUUUUCAACCACAGAUUAAUUUUCCCCUUUCUAGAAUUUCAAAUAAAUGGGAAGGUAUGUGCUCUUUUGUGUCAUUUAUCUUCACAGACUUUAAAAAAGUUACAAUUUUAAACCUUUUGGGCAUUUAGUAAAAAUCUCCUUCCCACCAGUAGCCACCAGUCACCAGUCUUCAUUUCUCUCUCUCUGUUUUUGAGAUAGGAUCUUGCUCUGUCAUCCAGGCUGGAGUGCAGUGGCAUGAUCAUGCCUCACUGCAGCCUCAACCUUCUGAGCUCAAGCAAUCCUCCCACCUCAGCCUCCCAAAUAGCUGGGACUACAGGUGCCCACCAUCACGCCUGGCCAAUUUUGCUUGUAUUUUAUGUAGAGACAGGGUCUCACCAAGUUGCCCAGGUUAGUCUCAAACUCCUGAGCUCAAAUGAUCUGCGGGCCUUGGCCUCCCAAAGUGCUUGGAUUACAGGCAUGAGCCACUGUGCCUGGCUCAGUCUUCCUCUCUUGAAGCAACCAAUGUUAUUAGUUUUAUGUGGGCCAUCCUAUGGCUUAUCAUUAUUAAUUCAGGUGUUUAUACAAGGCUCUUUGAGAGCUCAGUUUUAAAGGUUACCCAAAGCAUCCUAUGACAACUCAGCCUAAAACGAUAUAAAAUCAGUUUUAAUAUAACUGAAGUUUCUACAUUCUGACUCCAAAUGUCAGAUUGUGACAUUUUAUCUUUCUCUGACUUUAUGUCAAAUUUCCUUCAACUUCUAGCAUCUAUCAUUCUCAUUUAUGAGCAAAUAUGUAUUUAACAAAUGUGGAAAUACAAAUCAUGAGCCAAACCAAAUCCUGGGCUUACGUAGCCGGUAGUAAAAAAAUUCACCAAAAUAACCACCCGAUUACAGUUUCAUGCAAUGUGAUAGGAGUAAGGGACCACCAUAGGGAGGUCAGAAGGUGCUUUCCAGAGGUGGAGACUACAGCUGUUCUCAGAAAGAUAGGGGUUAGAAGAACCUUCCAGGCACAGAGCAAAGCAUGAGCAAAAGCUCUGUGGAGGCCAGGAAGCUGGUAAAUAGGGAAUAAAAGAGGCCAGUUUGGCUGGAGCAGAGAGAGCAGAAUGGAAUUGGUCUGAGUAGUGAGAAGAGAUGAAGAAGUGGGCAAGGAGCCUGGCCAUUCGGGGCUUGGUUAGGAGGUUUUGUCUAAGAGAAUGGGAAGGUGUUUAAGUGCUUUAGGCUGGGAAGUGACACGGUCACAUUAUAUUUUGAAAAAGCCACUCUGCCUGUUGUGUUGAGAUUAGAGAGGCCAUAAAGGGGAUAUGGGUAAACCACAAGAAGACUAGGUCAGUAGUCCCUCCACCCUCACUCCCCAGGUGAAGGUAGCCUAGACUAGGGUGGUGAUGGAGGAGACAGAAGAGGACAGAUUCAAGGAAAAUUUGGAAGGUAAAAACCAGUAGGAUUUGCUGACGGAUGGAGUAUAGGAGGGGAGAGGUAGAUUAUCAGGAAUGUAUCUUAGUUUUCUUAUACAAGAUAGACUCAGUUGCAAUGAAAUUGUUAAUCGAAAUUGACUUUAAAUAAUGGCAUGACCUAAAGUUAUGCAAACAUUUGCCUUAGAUAAAAUAUCAAGUUUUCAAAGUUUUUAGCUGGGUGGAUGGCAUGGCUUUACUUCUAUUUCUUGGUAUUCUAAUCCUGUUGAAAAAAAAGUUUUUCUUUUUCUCAAAGGCUUAUUUCAAUGGAAGCCCAUCUGCAAAAUCUGUUAUAAAUUUAAAUUAGAAAAUAACUACAAGUGCCAUUGACAGGUUGGUUAUUGUUUUUGCGAGUGACCUAAGGCCCCCUCUGGGGGAGCUGGGGGCUCUUCUGAAGCCUGCGGGACUGCACCGGGUGCUCGUGCCUGGAAGUCAGACUCGGGGGCGGUGCGGCAGCGCGAGGCCUGCGGUCCUAAGCGCGGGGUCGCUCCGGGCCCCCAAGGGGGUGUGUCUCCUGCCUCUUUAACCUGGCAGGGGCUGUUCAAGUGGCCAGGGAAACCAGCGAUUUGGAGGGUCGAGGGCUGAUGUUUUGAAAAAGAGACGGAGGGAAGAGAGGGAUUUCCCCGUCCCCGCUGCACUCGGUGUCUCCAGGCUGGUGAUGGGCAAGCCAGGUGUGCCAGGUCCAGGAUGCACAUGAGGAGCGUUUGUAGCCAUCACUGAAUCACCUCCUGACUAGCGGGGCAAACCUCAAAUGAACCGCAGGAUUUCGGGCAAUCUGAAGGCAAAUCCUGUUUAGACCCAGACGAAGGUUCCUGGUGACCCAGGCUCUCACCAGCCAAUUGUCCUUUGCCGUCCUCCUGAGGGUGUCUGGAGUUUCAGCGCUGUGUGCUCUUGGCCUCCACGCUGGGGAUGCCACUGACUCCCACUGUCCAGAGCUUCCAGUGGAUUCUCCGAGGCCCUGAUGUAGAAACUUCCCCAUUCGGUGCACCAAGAGCAGCCUCACAUGGUGUGGGCCAACAUCAAGAGCUGCCAGAUCCAACAGCAAGAUGGCCAAUCUUUCCUAAGCUGCUCGCCUUACAAGAAAAAGAAUCGUACUGCUAAGAAUUCAAACUUCAGCAGUCAUGGGGAGUCUUGGGAGGAGCCCGAGUCACUGAUGGAAUUGGACAGUGCAUGGAGAUGGUUCAGCAGGAUGAGGUGUGAUUGGAGGACAGCGCGGGCUGCAGAGAGACACGCUUUGAAAUGGGAUUGAUCCAGUCCUCCUUCCUUCACUUCCACAUGAAUACUGGACAGCCCAGGAUCACACUCACUGCACCCUCAACUCAGACCGUUACCUGGCACACCGGCCACGAUCUUCCUCACUCUUGUUGGAGACGGAGCUAUUGGCAGUGCCUACAGCUCUGAGCUCAGGCAAUUUGAACAUUGUUUUUGUCGUUAACGAUCCUAAAGUGCUGCGGGGACUGAUCACAUUUUUGUCAACAUCCCUGGCCCCACCUCUUCUGCCACAAACGUCAACAUGGUGGUGUCUGCUGGCCCUUGGUCCAGUGAGGAGGCAGAGAUGAACAUUCUAGAAAUCAACAAGAAAUCGCGCCCCCAGCUGGCAGAGAACAAACAGCAGUUCAGAAACCUCAAACAGAAAUUUCUUGUAACUCAACUGGCCUACUUCCUGGCCAAGCAGCAGAAUAAUUACGAGUAUGAAGACUGCAAAGACCUCCUCAAAUCUAUGCUGAGGGAUGAGCGGCUGUUCAAGGAAGAGAAGCUUGCAGAGCAGCUCGGGCAAGCUGAGGAGCUCAGGCAAUAUAAAGUCCUGGUUCACUCUCAGGAACGAGAGCUUACCCGAUUAAGGGAGAAGUUACAGGAAGGGAGAGAUGCCUCCCACUCAUUGAAACAGCAUCUCCAGGCCCUCCUCACUCCGCAUGAGCCGGACAACUCCCAGGGACGGGACCUCCGAGAAGAGCUGGCUGAGGGAUGUAGGCUGGCACAGCACCUCGUCCAAAAGCUCAGUCCAGAAAAUGACGAAGAUGAGGAUGAAGAUGUUAAAGUUGAGGAGGCUGAGAAAGUACAGGAAUUAUGUGCUCCCAGGGAGGUGCAGAAGGCUGAAGAAAAGGAAGUCCCUGAGGACUCACUGGAGGAAUGUGUCGUCACUUGUUCAAAUAGCCACGGCCCUUGUGAGUCCAACCAGCCUCACGGGAACACCAAAAUCAUAUUUGAGGAAGACCAAGUCGACUCAACUCUAGUUGUAGACAGUGAAUCCUCUGAUGAUGAAUGGCAAGAUGCUGUAAACCUUCUCCCAGUCCCUGGCCCCACCUCUUCUGCCACAAACGUCAGCAUGGUGGUGUCUGCUGGCCCUUGGUCCAGUGAGGAGGCAGAGAUGAACAUUCUAGAAAUCAACAGGAAAUCGCGCCCCCAGCUGGCAGAGCACAAACAGCAGUUCAGAAACCUCAAACAGAAAUUUCUUGUAACUCAACUGGCCUACUUCCUGGCCAACCGGCAGAAUAAUUACGAGUAUGAAGACUGCAAAGACCUCCUCAAAUCUAUGCUGAGGGAUGAGCGGCUGUUCAAGGAAGAGAAGCUUGCAGAGCAGCUCGGGCAAGCUGAGGAGCUCAGGCAACAUAAAAUCCUGGUUCACUCUCAUGAACGAGAGCUUACCCGAUUAAGGGAGAAGUUACAGGAAGGGAGAGAUGCCUCCCGCUCAUUGAAACAGCAUCUCCACGCCCUCCUCACUCCGGAUGAGCCAGACAACUCCCAGAGACGGGACCUCCGAGAACAGCUGGCUGAGGGAUGUAGGCUGGCACAGCGCCUCGUCCAAAAGCUCAGCCCAGAAAAUGACGAAGAUGAGGAUGAAGACGUUAAAGUUGAGGAGGCUGAGAAAGUGCAGGAAUUAUGUGCCCCCAGGGAGGUGCAGAAGGCUGAAGAAAAGGAAGUCCCUGAGGACUCACUGGAGGAAUGUGUCGUCACUUGUUCAAAUAGCCACGGCCCUUGUGAGUCCAACCAGCCUCACGGGAACACCAAAAUCAUAUUUGAGGAAGACCAAGUCGACUCAACUCUAGUUGUAGACAGUGAAUCCUCUGAUGAUGAAUGGCAGGAUGCUGUAAACCUUCUCCCAGUCCCUGGCCCCACCUCUUCUGCCACAAACGUCAGCAUGGUGGUGUCUGCUGGCCCUUGGUCCAGUGAGGAGGCAGAGAUGAACAUUCUAGAAAUCAACAGGAAAUCACGCCCCCAGCUGGCAGAGCACAAACAGCAGUUCAGAAACCUCAAACAGAAAUUUCUUGUAACUCAACUGGCCUACUUCCUGGCCAACCGGCAGAAUAAUUACGAGUAUGAAGACUGCAAAGACCUCCUCAAAUCUAUGCUGAGGGAUGAGCGGCUGUUCAAGGAAGAGAAGCUUGCAGAGCAGCUCGGGCAAGCUGAGGAGCUCAGGCAAUAUAAAAUCCUGGUUCACUCUCAUGAACGAGAGCUUACCCGAUUAAGGGAGAAGUUACAGGAAGGGAGAGAUGCCUCCCGCUCAUUGAAACAGCAUCUCCAGGCCCUCCUCACUCUGGAUGAGCCGGACAACUCCCAGGGACGGGACCUCCGAGAAGAGCUGGCUGAGGGAUGUAGGCUGGCACAGCACCUCGUCCAAAAGCUCAGUCCAGAAAAUGACGAAGAUGAGGAUGAAGAUGUUGAAGUUGAGGAGGCUGAGAAAGUGCAGGAAUUAUGUACCCCCAGGGAGGUGCAGAAGCCUGAAGAAAAGGAAGUCCCUGAGGACUCACUGGAGGAAUGUGUCGUCACUUGUUCAAAUAGCCACGGCCCUUGUGAGUCCAACCAGCCUCACAGGAACACCAAAAUCACAUUUGAGGCAAACCAGUUCGACUCAACUCUCAUUGACUCAUUCUCUCAUGAUGAAUGGUUGGAUGCUGUGUGCAUUAUCCCAGAAAAUGAAAGUGAUCAUGAAGAAGAGGAGGAAAAAGGGCCAGUGUCUCCCAGGAAUCUGCAGGAGUCUGAAGAGGAGGAAGCCCCCCAGGAGUCCUGGGAUGAAGAUGAUUCGACUCUCUCAAUUUCUCCUGACAUGUCUGCCUCAUACCAGUCUGACAGGAGCACCUUUCACUCAGUAGAGGAACAGCAAGUCGGCUUGGCUCUUGACAUAGGCAGACAUUGGUGUGAUCAAGUGAAAAAGGAGGACCAAGAGGCCACAGGUCCCAGGCUCAGCAGGGAGCUGCUGGAUGAGAAAGAGCCUGAAGUCUUGCAGGACUCACUGGAUAGAUUUUAUUCAACUCCUUGUGGGUAUCUUGAACUGCCUGACUUAUGCCAGCCCUACAGAAGUGCCUUUUACUCACUGGAGGAACAACACCUUGGCUUGGCUUUUGACGUGGACAGAAUUAAAAAGGACCAAGAAGAGGAAGAAGACCAAGGCCCACCAUGCCCCAGGCUCAGCAGAGAGCUGCUGGAGGUAGUAGAGCCUGAGGACUUGCAGGACUCACUGGAGAGAUGUUAUUCGACUCCUUCUAGUUAUCUAGAACUGCCUGAUUCAUGCCAGCCCUACGGAAGUUGCUUUUACUCAUUGGAGGAACAACACAUUGGCUUUUCUCUUGACGUGGAUGAAAUUGAAAAGUACCAAGAAGGGGAAGAAGAUCAAAACCUACCAUGCCCCAGGCUCGAUGGGGUGCUGAUGGAAGCAGAAGAGCCUGAAGUCUUGCAGGACUCACUGGAUAGAUGUUAUUCGACUACUUCAACUUACUUUGAACUACAUGCCUCAUUCCAGCACUACAGAAGUGCCUUUUACUCAUUUGAUGAACAACACAUCAGCUUGGCCCUUGACAUGGACAAUAGGUUUUUUACUUUGAUGGUGAUAAGGCACCACCUGGUCUUCCAGAUGGGAGUCAUAUUCCCACACUAAGUAGCCCUUACUAAGCUGAGAGAUGUCAUUGCUGCAGGCAGGACCUAUAGGCACAUGUAGGUUUGAAUGAAACUGUAGUUCCCUUUGGAAGCCCAGACAUAGGAUGGGAAAGUGGGUGUGGCUCUAUUCCUAUUCUGAGACCAUGCCAGUGGCCACCUGUGCUCAGUCUGAAGACAUUGGACCCAAGUUAGCUGUGACACGUUCACAUGACUAUGUAGCACAUGCCGGGAGUGAUCUGCCAGACAUUCUAAUUUGAACCAGAUAUCUCUGGGUAGCUACAAAAUUCCUCAGGGAUUUCAUUUUGCAGGCAUGUCUCUGAGCUUCUAUACCUGCUCAAGGUCAGUGUCAUCUUUGUGUUUAGCUCAUCCUAAGGUGUUACCCUGGUUUCAAUGAACCUAACCCCAUUCUUUGUAUCAUCAGCGUUGGUUUGUUUUAGCUGAUCCAUCUGUAACACAGGGGGGAUCCUUGGCUGAGGAUUGUAUUUCAGAACCACUGACUGCUCUUGACAAUUGUUACCCCACUAGGCUCCUUUGAGUAGAGAAGCCAUAGUCCUUCAGCCUCCAAUUGAUAUCAAUACUUAGGAAGACCACAGCUAGAUGGACAAACAGCAUUGAGAGGCCUUAGCCCUGCUCCUUUCAAUUCCAUCCUAUAAAGAACAGGAGUCAGGAGCCGCUGGCAAGAGAGCAUGUCACCCGGGACUCUGCCAGUGCAGAAUAUGAACAAUGCCAUGUUCUUGCAGAAAACACUUAGCCUGAGUUUCAUAGGAGGUAAUCACCAGACAACUGCAGAAUGUAGAGCGCUGAGCAGGACAACUGACCUGUCUCCUUCACACAGUCCACGUCACCACGAAUCACACAACAGAAAGGAGGAGGGAUAUUUUGGGUUCAAAAAAAGUAAAUGAUAAUGUAGCUACAUUUCUUUACUUAUUUUGAACCCCAAAUAUUUCCUCAUCUUUUUGUUGUUGUCAUUGAUUGUGGUGACAUGGACUUGUUUGCAGAGGACAGGUCAGCUGUCUGGCUCAAUGGUCUACAUUCUGAAGUUGUCUGAAAAUGUCUUCAUGAUUAAAUUCAGCCUAAACGUUUUGUCAAGUACACUGCAGAGUCAAUACUGUGAGUUUCCAACCUCAGCCCAUCUGUGGGCAGAGAAGGUCUAGUUUGUCUAUCAGCAUUAUCAUGAUAUCAGGACUGGUUAUUUGGUUAAGGAGGGGUCUAGGAGAUCUAUCCCUUUUAGAGACACCUUACUUAUAAUGAAGUAUUUGGGAGAGUGGUUUUUAAAAGUAUAAACGUCCUGUAUUCCAAUGAUCAUCCUCUAAACAUUUUAUCAUUUAUUAAUCAUCCCUGCCUGUGUCUAUUCUUAUAUUCAUAUCUCUACACUGGAAAUGUUCUGUCUCAAUUUUUACUGGGCCUUUGUUUUUGCUAGUGUCUAUUGUUCAAAAAAAACAUUCUCUGCCUGAGUUUUAAUUUUCCUCCAAAGUCAUUUUAAUCUAUACGAUUAAAAACUUUUGCCUAUCA